UGUUUCACAUGUUCCUGUGCUUCCACCAAUUCCCAUGCCCUGCUGGGCUGGACUGCAGCAAGACCCAAGCACAAUCCCUUUGUCCAUCCUUCCUUCCUGCCUCUCCUCCCUCCCUCCACCCCCAGGGAGGCUGUCCUACUAUGUUUUUUUUCCCUGCCCCUCAUCCUCCCCAGCUGUAUGUAUAAGUCCCUAAUCAGGCUGUCCUUGCAUCAGAGGCCAGCCCAGGGGACAGGGAGCAGGCCAGCAGCAGGAUGGCUCACGGCAUCCUGGGGCUCCUGCGGCCCUUGCGGAACGGACUGAGCGCCGGCAGAGCUCGCCUGGUUCUUCUCUGUGCUGUGACUGAGCAGCACCAUGGCCCAGCAAGGGGGUGGGCAGAGAGAGGCUUCAGCUCCACGCACCAGGAUGCCCCUGGGGAAUCCAGCUCUGAGGAUCGGGUGACAGUGCAUUUUAUAAAUCGGGAUGGAGAGCGCCUAACCACCACAGCCAAAGAAGGGGAGAGUUUGCUGGAAGUGGCAGUCAAUCACAACUUGGCCAUUGAUGGAUUUGGUGCCUGUGAAGGGACAUUAGCCUGCUCUACCUGUCACCUCAUCUUUGACAAGGACACCUUCCAAAAGCUCGAUGCCAUCUCAGAUGAAGAGCUAGACAUGCUGGACUUGGCAUAUGGACUCACUGACACAUCGCGCCUCGGCUGCCAGGUGUGCGUUAAGAAGUCGAUGGAUGGUCUGACAGUGAGAGUCCCCAUGGAUGUGUCGGACAUGAGGAGGCAGCUGGAGGUUGGAAAGCAAAGCAAACAGUAACUGGAAACGACUGCUGCACAGCUUAUACCUUCAUUUAGGUGUGGCAGGGUACUUAGCUCUUGGUUGACACUAUUGCUUUUUGUGGCUGGCUCGCAGUAGGCCAUAAAGGUCUGAUUCAGUAUAAAAGGCGUGUUUGGCAAAUCUCUUAUUUGAACAAGGCAGCAUGCUUCAUAGGCUCUUUGGUUCGUAUUUUAAGUGCUUAAAUGCUCUGCUGAAGGCAAUGGAUUAAAGUGUAUGGCUUUAUAUUUCGCUGGGUGGGUGUCAGUAAAUAUCUCUGCUGUAUGUGACUUGCUUUCUCCUUUGAAAUUUAAGAAUUCUGCUAUUCUGAGUAACUGCUGAGAAUUUUGCAAGGCUUGGCUCUUUAAAAGUGGACCAGACUUUUCCAGUUUGGUAAGCUUAAGAAGAGAUUGCUGUUUGCAAGUCAGUGUACUGAUGGGCUUGGUGAUGUAGGUGACUUGAGUUUGGUCAGCAAGAGCAUACUGAGGACAUUUGUGUGCUGACAGUUCCUGAAAGCAGGAACCACUUCUAUGAACUUGAUGUUCUGGGUCCCUGAAUUGUUCUGUGCUGUGGGCAGCCACUUUCUCCAAAUGUUAAAUUUUCUCAUUGCUGUACUAUCCCACCUGUCAAAUAAAAUUCUAACAGUAAGCCUUUUAGACCAACAAGAUGCACUGUUCUGGUACCAUGAGCCUGGCUGGAAUAGGAGAUGGAUGGAAAUUUAGUUGGCUGCAUUAAGUGCAGCACUGCCAGCGCAUCAAAUGAGGUGAUUGUCCUGCUGUACUCAGCACUGGUGGGGCCUCACCUGGAAUACUGCAGGUAGUUUUGGGCACUGAAAAUUAUUCUGUUAGAGAGGGUCCAGAGUAGGACCAUGAGAAUGAUGAAAGAUCUGGAGGGGAAGCCUUAUGAGGAGUGGCUGAGGUCACUUGGUUUGUUCGGCCUGGAGGAGACUGAGGUCAGACCUCAUUGUGCUCUUCAACAUCCUCACUACAGGAAGCAGAGGGGCAGGUGCCAAUCUCUUCAGUCUCAUGACCAGUGACAGCACUCUAGAAAGUGGCACGAAGCUGAGUCAGGGGAGGUUUAGGUUGGAUCUCAGGAAAAGGUUCUUCACCUAGAGGGUGGCUGGGCAUUGGGACAGACUCCCCAGGGCAGCAGCACCCAGCCUGAUAAGAAUCGUGCAGACAAUACUCCUCAGCACAUUAUGGGAUUCAUGACACGUCCUGCACAGGGCCUGCAGUUGGACUCGAUGAUCCUGAAGGGUCCCUUGAACUCAGGAUAUUCUGCGAUUCUACGGUUCUGUGAUUUACGGAAUGUCAG